GUCAAGCGCUCACCGCUGCUGCACCACGCCCAAAACUCAGCCCGUCCAAGUGCCGGUGCUCUCCUCUCCUGCGCGGUCGCUAUCACCUGAACCGACCCCUCCUCCACCAUGGCCGUAGGAAAAAACAAGCGUUUGUCGAAGGGCAAGAAGGGUAUCAAGAAGAAGGUAGUUGACCCCUUCACCCGCAAGGACUGGUAUGACAUCAAGGCGCCCUCGAUCUUCGAGAAGCGUAACGUCGGCAAGACGCUUGUGAACCGGUCGCAGGGUCUCAAAAAUGCAAACGAUUCGCUCAAGGGCCGUAUCAUCGAGGUCUCCCUUGCCGACCUCAACAACGACGAGGAGCAGUCAUUCCGCAAGAUCAAGCUCCGGAUUGACGAGGUUCAGGGCAAGAACUGCCUGACAAACUUCCACGGCAUGUCCUUCGCCUCGGACAAGCUCCGGUCACUUGUCCGCAAGUGGCAGACACUCAUCGAGGCGCACGUCGACGUGAAGACGACUGACGGCUACCUCCUCCGUCUCUUCGCGAUUGGCUUCACGAAGCGCCGGCCCUCGCAGGUGCGCAAGACGACGUACGCGCAGUCCAGCCAGAUUCGGGAGAUUCGGAGAAAGAUGUUCGAGAUCAUGACCCGGGAGGCGACGUCGUGCGACCUCAAGGAGCUCGUGCAGAAGUUCGUCCCGGAGGCGAUCGGUCGUGAGAUCGAGAAGGCUGCCCGGAGCAUCUACCCCCUCCAGAACGUCUACGUCCACAAGGCGAAGAUCCUGAAGGCACCCAAGUUCGACAUGUCGAAGCUGCUUGAGCUCCAUGGCGAGUCAACAGACGAGACCGGCACCCGUGUCGUGAAGGACUUCAAGGAGCCGGAGAUUCUGGAGUCCGUCUGAGUUGUCGCAUAUCUGGUCUACCUUGUAUCCAUUCAUGCUUUCUAUCCAUCAAUACGGGUAUGACGACAUCUAUGUUCAUGACAUGCAAUGCUAUGUAUUCUGUCCAUGAGCGUAUGCCCUUGUUAUAGGCAGGACCGCAACCGUUCUACACACCGCGCAGGGUCACGUCGUGCGCAUCAGUUCCACAGGUACUUAAGCUGCUUGGGAGCAAUACGAAGUACUUCCUUUGUGCACAAAUGAGCUUCGUCGAUCCGCGUAGUGACACUCGUUAAUGCUAAGCUUUAUAGGUCUCAA